AUGAGAUUGAGGGUUUCCUCAGUAUAAGAAGAAAUAAUCAGGUUAUAAUAAAAACAGAGAAAUGGCUCAACACAUUCAUUUUUGCAUUUCGAAACUAAAUAAUUGUAAUAAAAUUAUCAAUAUUAAGCAUUUAAGAAUAACAAAGAAAUGUAGUAAUAAAGCAAAAUUUAGAAGGUUGAAGGAGAACAAAAAUAAAUUAAGAUUAACGAUUAUACAGAAUAAUAGUAAUAACAAUAACAAUAAGAAUAGCAACAACAAAAAAAUCAACAGCAACAACAACAAUAAUAGUAAUAAUCAAAAUUGCAAUCUUAACAAUAGCAAUAAUCUUAGCCAUUUCUUUAUGGAAAUUUUAACUUUGAUGCUGAAAAUCACAAAGAAAUAAUUUAAAUGAAUUGCGCAUUAUUUUAAUAAAAAUAUAAUAUAUCUUUAGAAGCAAUCAAUUUGAUUGGCUAAACAGUAGCAAAAUGUUUAACUUUCUUUAAUGCAUUAUAAAAUGUUUGGGUAAUUCCUCUAUUCCUAGUCUUUAAGCGUAUGCUUUAAUUAAGAAAGUAGGUUGAAAAUUUAUUAUAAGAAAAAGUAAAUUCCUUUAAUAUCAACUAUUGGGAAGAGAUAACUUAAAGUGCUGAAUUUGAAAAUUAUUUAACUAAGGUUUAGUAAGACAAUUAACUUGUUUAAUCAGAAUUAAGUGUAUUGUUAAAUUCAGCUAAAGCGAAAGCUGAAAAGUUAGAUAAAUCUAGAAGGGAUAAAGUUGAAUGGUUUUUAAAUGAUGAUCUGGAAAAUAAGAUAAAAGAUGUUUGUAAAACAUAUUUUCAUGGAUAGAUUUAUAAGAAUAUUAAAGACAAAAAGGGAAUAGAACGACCAAAUAUAGAGUGGCUUAAAUUGCAAAUCUAGGCCUAAGCAUCCAUAAUCAUAAGUGAGUUACCUAUUUUCACAUAUGAUAAGGAUAACUUUACUUAUGAAGGCUAUUUAUCAGCACUUGAAUUUACAGAUGAAGAUUAAAUUUACUAAUACUUAAAUAAAUAUGAGCAUUAUCUCGAUCAUAAAUGA